UUCUCAUCACCACUCUCCGUUCUUGGUACGCUGAAACUUCGGAAAGGAUGCUCCAUAAACGCAUGGGAAUUAAUUUGGUCACGAAGAACAGUGCUGGAUCAGAGUAACAUAAUUUAUUCGUAUUUCCUUCUCUGGUGCGCGCAAAACUGGCUUUGAUAAUUUUGGUGGGGAGCUCACGUUUGGAUGCCACUGGCGCGCGCAUAAAUGGGACACCCUCUUUCGUUUUCUGAAGGUUCUACCAUGGAGCGCCGACCGAAGAAGGGUGACAACGGAGUAGUCAACGCACCAGCCUGACAAAAGAACUUUGACAUUUGGCUCAGGAUGUGUGUGUGAGCUGUAGUCCGCAGCAGGUGCAGUCAUGCCGUGGGGGGUGAACUGCAGCUCUGAGUGUGUGUCGGGUUCGGGAGGAGGAGGAGGAGGAGGAGGAGGAGGAGGAGGAGGAGGCUGCUCUGUGCACCCCACACUCAGCGGCCAGGACGGAUGGGACGUACUGCAAAGGCUGUGCACCCUCGCCACAGAGAGGGCGGUGGAGGUGCAGGGCCGGUCUCUGUCCCCGGUGCUGUGUGCGGUGGUGUGGACUCUGCUCUCAUGUGGCAUCCUGCUCAGUCUCUUCUUCCUGGCGUUCACCCUACGCUUCAAGAACAACAGGAUUGUGAAGAUGUCGAGCCCCAACCUGAACGUGUUGACGGUGUGUGGCAGCGUGAUGACCUACAGCAGUGCCUUCCUAUUCGCUAUGGAGGAGAGGACGCUUCCACAGGGCCUAGGACCCCGAGCACUGCUACAGGCUCGCAUAUGGACCCUCUGCAUCGGCACCACGCUGGUCUUUGGACCCAUCCUGGCCAAGACGUGGCGCCUCUACCGAGUCUUCACCCAGCGCAUCCCUGACAAGAGAGUGAUCAUCCGGGACAUCCAGCUGAUGGGCCUGGUGGCGGUGCUGAUUCUAGUGGACCUGCUGGUGCUGGGCAUAUGGGGCUUGGCCGACCCCAUCAAGUGCACACACUCUGUAGGAGCCGUCGUCAAGGUUGCUGAGGUGGACGUGUCCUACUCCCUGUCCCAGCUGGACUCCUGCUCCUCUCUCUACUCCGACCUCUGGAUCAUCCUCCUCUCCGUACUCAAGGGUAGCCUGCUCCUCUAUGGCACGUACCUGGCCGGCCUGACCAGCAACGUGAGCCUGCCCCCAGUCAACCAGUCCCUGACCAUCGUGGCGGCGGUGUGUCUGGUCACCCUGUCGUCAGCCGUGGCCAUCCCCGUGUCCCGUUACCUGCACGCCUGGCCCAACGUGGUCUACAGCAUGGUCUCAGGAGCCAUCUUCAUCUGCACCCUCGCUGUCAACUGCCUGCUCUUCAUCCCACAGCUAACCCAGUGGCGUCAGUUUGAGGAGGAGAUGAACCCGAGCUCCAGCCAGAUGUCCAAGUACUUCAGCAGUCCCAGCAAGAGCCUGCGCUCCAUCUACAGCGAGGACGAGAUCUACUACCUGCUGGGGGAGAACAACUCCAUGAAGAGGCUGAUCAACGAGAAGAAUGCUGUGAUUGACAGCCUCCAGGAGCAGGUGAGCAACGCCAAGGACAAGCUCCUGAAGCUCAUGUCCGUUAGCCACGUGUCCCCCCACGUGGACGGAGAGAUGGACUCUUCCAACACCAACCUCAACUCCUGCUCCACCCAGACCACAGUGGUGCAGCCCGACACACCCUCCACUCCACCUCUCUUGCCCAAGAUGGAGGCGUAUGUGGCAGGCCUCGAGGGCCAGGCUUCUGCUGGCAUGCCCCUGGUUUCACCCAGUGGCUCCGUGCCUAUGCCACUGACUCUGCCAGUGUCUGUGCCCUUGCCCCUACCUGCCUCCCCUCCACCGUACGUGCCUCCUCCCCCCAUGCCACCAAGCUUUGGAGCGGGGGUGUCGACCACCUCGGGUCACCCUCUGUCCCCACCACCACCCCCAAGUCGUCCUCAGAGCAGGCCCCUCUCCCCUCCUCCUCCUCCUCUUCCACCUCCUCCUCAGGCAGAUGGAAUCCCCAUCGGUUCCCAUGGUAACCAGAGGAAAGGGGCAGGUCCAGCACCAGAGAGGUUGAGUUUGAGGAGGUGCUCGGAGGAUGUGCAGGCCAAACCCGCUGUGGCUUUGAACACUGGAGAUAAUGUAGCGCAGGUGGCACUAGCCACUAGUCCUGUCCCUCAGCCCAAUCACGUGCCUGGAUCGGCCAUUCUGUCCCGCAAGUUCUCUGGUCCAAUGAGACAGGAUUCCGGAAGGUUAUCGGGGGAUACCAUGAUGUCGCUACCGCCAACCGGAGGGGGUGGCUGGCAGGGAUAUGUUAGCAGUGAGCAGUUGCAGGAGAUCCUUCAGGACCUGAGCGUAGAUGCUCGUGGGACCCCGUUUGUCUCCCCCACUUCCUUAUUUUCGCCCAAUCGGCUCCCUCGGAGGCCCUCAACCAAUCAGCUCCCAGACGAGCUCGCCCCGCUGUCUCCACGUUCACCUGUGUCCCCGUUUUACUUCCACUACCCCAGCAUCUCCCCUUACGCCAUGCGAAAACGCAGGCCGCCCUUCUAUCCAUCCCGGACGAGCCCCCAAAGCACGGCACUCAGCCCCCCAAGACAAUGCCGGGGAACUGCCCUCCAUACCCUGGAUGAGACCCGGGGGCCAACGGACCUCAAAAAUUGCCCCGAGAUCAUUGUGGUUAAUGAUGAACAAGGCACAAACGAGGUGGAGGGAGAACACAGACAGGAGGGGAGGGUUGGUGGCAUGUCACCCUAUUGGGGACGGCGAAGACGAAGAAGGAUAAGAAGAAGGUCAUCGCAUCAUCACCAUCACCACGGGCCAACCGUUUCCUCUCGCAAAUGCUCCAUUACGCCUUACUCGGGACAUGCCGACAAAGACGUCCCCAUCCCUGACAUGGAUGGGGACAGGAGCAAGCAUAACCAGGACACCGAGGUCACUGGUAAGCCCCACAUGGACACAGUGGUCAGAGGGCGGGAAAACCCUUACAUGCGUUCGGACUCCGAUUCGGACACUAGCUCGGAGGACUAUUGCUACUACCACCGGCCUUACUGUGAGUCGUGCCACCAGGGAUCCUAUGGUUCUUCCUCUUGUUCCGACACCAGUUCAGACACCUCGGAUAGCGAGUAUGGAGGCGUCUUUGACCUCUGUCACCCACUCUCGCAUCCAGUGGUCAACUUCAAUGAGGACCUCAAACCCACAUUUGUGUGAGUGGGCGUGUUUAGAUGCUUUUCUGUAGUAGUAGUAGUAGAGGCUAUGC